UUUCUGUUCGUUUAUUCGAGAAGCAGCAUUAUGCCCGAUCCAGCCAAGACCGCGCCCAAGAAGGGAUCAAAGAAAGCCGUGACCAAGACGGCCGGCAAAGGAGGCAAGAAGCGCAGAAAGUCCAGGAAGGAGAGCUACGCCAUCUACGUGUACAAGGUCUUGAAGCAGGUGCACCCUGACACCGGCAUCUCAUCCAAGGCCAUGGGCAUCAUGAAUUCUUUCGUGAAUGAUAUUUUUGAGCGCAUCGCCGGUGAGUCUUCUCGUCUGGCUCAUUACAACAAGCGCUCCACCAUCACCUCCAGAGAGAUCCAGACCGCCGUGCGCCUGUUGCUUCCCGGCGAGCUGGCCAAGCACGCCGUGUCCGAGGGUACAAAAGCCGUCACCAAGUACACCAGCUCCAAGUAAAGCGCGUUACCGCCGUCUUCAUCAACCCAACGGCUCUUUUAAGAGCCACCCACUUUUCAUACAAAUAGUAAUUUACUCUCUU